AUGAAAUCUGUAACAAUAAACCCAGUUCGUAAGAUCUAUGAAGCUAUGUCAAUAUCGCCAACUGAACUCAAGACGAAAGAAAACAGAGAAUGCUCAGCGACCGAAGGAAAUGAGUUUGACGAUCUUCAUCUUAAGAGAGAUCUCUUAAGAGGUAUCUUUGAGAAGGGAUACGUCAAGCCAUCGCCAAUCCAAGAGAAAGCAAUCCCUAUUGCACUAACCGGUAAAGACAUUAUGGCCAGAGCAAAGAACGCGAAGAGCCUAUGA